GCUGAGCUCUGCUGAAGAACUCGAGUUCGGCCUGAAGUUGUGGAUUUUUUCACUAGAAUUGGGGGAAAAACCAAACAAAACCCAAAUAUUUUGCACCAUGUCAAACGAUGGGAUUAAAAAGAAAGGGAAAGCACCAGGUGACAAAAAGUCCUCGAAAAGAAAAGGAAAGAGGAGGGAGACAUAUGCUGUGUAUAUCUAUAAAGUGUUGAAGCAGGUGCAUCCGGACACGGGCAUCUCGAGCAGAGCUAUGAGCAUCAUGAACUCGUUUGUGAACGACGUGUUCGAGCGCAUCGCCACCGAGGCGUCCAGACUGACGCAGUACAACAAGCGCUCGACCAUCACGAGCCGCGAGGUGCAGACCGCCGUGCGCCUGCUGCUUCCGGGGGAACUGGCCAAGCACGCCGUGUCCGAGGGCACCAAAGCUGUCACCAAGUACACUAGCUCCAAGUGAGCCAAGUCUGAGUUGGAUUAUUUCGUUUUUGGAAAUAAAA